AUGGUCUUCAGGCGCCUCGGUCCUAAACUUCUUGGCCUUUCUCAAUACUCCACUAUGGCUUCCAAACAAUCUGCUCUGGACUUCUUGUCCUUUGUGAACGCUGCUCCAACCCCCUUCCAUGCCGUCCAUGAAGCCAAAGAGCUUCUGGCCAAGGCGGGAUUCCAGGAAAUCAAGGAGAAAGACUCUUGGGCGUCGACUUGCAAGCCGGGCGGCAAAUACUACUUGACUCGCAAUACCACUACCCUGGUGGCUUUUGCGAUCGGCAAGCAAUGGCAGCCUGGUAAUUCGAUCUCUAUGAUCGGAGCCCACACCGACUCUCCGGUGUUGAGGGUCAAGCCUGUGAGCAAGAAGAGCGGGGAAGGUUUCGUGCAGGUUGGUGUCGAGACAUACGGUGGCGGCAUCUGGCACACUUGGUUUGAUCGCGAUCUGGGUGUUGCUGGCCGGGUGAUGACCCGGGCAAGCGAUGGAUCUAUCGUCCAAAAGCUCGUCAAGAUUGACCGCCCCAUUCUUCGCAUCCCGACCCUGGCCAUCCACUUGGACCGUCAGGAAACCUUCUCUUUCAACAAGGAAACCCAGCUGUUCCCCAUCGCUGGCCUCAUUGCUGCUGAGCUGAACCGCACUGGUGAGACUAAAGUCGCAGAGGCGGAUAAAGAUGCCGAUUUCUCGCCUCUCAAAUCUGUGACCGAGCGUCACCACCCUUACUUCGUUGAGCUGAUUGCUUCUGAGGCUGGUGUCAAGCCGGCUGACAUUCUGGACUUUGAAAUGAUUCUGUUCGAUACUCACAAGUCAUGCCUUGGUGGUAUGCUCGAAGAAUUCAUCUUCUCGCCUCGCUUGGAUAACCUGAACAGCACCUUCUGUGCCACUGUUGGCCUCAUUGAUUCUGUCGCUGAGGCCUCAGCCCUGGAUAACGAAGAUGCGAUCCGCCUGAUUGCUCUCUUCGAUCACGAGGAAAUCGGUAGCCGCACAGCCCAGGGUGCGGACUCGAACAUUCUUCCGUCGAUCAUCCGCCGCCUGUCUGUUCUCCCAUCAUCCUCUUCCAAGGAUGCCGAUCUGUCCACCGCUUAUGAGCAGACCUUGUCCACUUCAUUCCUUGUUUCUGCUGAUAUGGCCCACUCGAUCAACCCCAACUACUCGGGCAAGUACGAGCCGGAUCACAAGCCGGAAAUCAACAAGGGUCCUGUUAUCAAGAUCAAUGCCAACGCCCGUUAUGCUACUAACUCUCCCGGCAUCGUCUUGCUGGAGGAGAUUGCGCGCAAGACCACAAAGGAGACUGGAGUGCACGUUCCCUUGCAGCUCUUUGUCGUUCGCAACGACUCAAGCUGUGGCAGCACUAUUGGCCCCAUGCUGUCUGCUGCAUUGGGCGCACGAACUUUGGAUCUGGGUAACCCCCAGCUUAGCAUGCACAGCAUUCGCGAGACUGGAGGUACUCACGAUGUUGCCCAUGCCAUUCGUCUUUUCACUGGCUUUUUCAAGCACUACUCGGAAUUGUCCAAGAAUAUUCUUGUUGAUUAA